AAACUUGCUGCAUUCUGGAAACAUAAACUGUAUCUCGUCAUUGAUGAGGUUUCCAUGAUCGCUCGCAAAUUCUUCACCAAACUUUCCACAUCUAUCAGGAAGGGCAAAUCAUUAGCAGGAGAAAAGAGCGAAGAUAAACCUUUUGGUGGAGUAAAUAGCACAGUGCUAUAUUAUCCAUGUGAUCCUUCAAAAGACUCAGCUGAAAAAAUGUUGGGACAGAAAAUAUACAAACAAUUCACGACAGUUGUUCGUCUAAAGGAACAAGUUCAUGUCACUGAUCCACAAUGGAAUGAUCUUCUUUGUCAUAUCCGACAUGGCAGCUGCAACCAUCAGCAUAUCAAAUUGCUUCGAUCCCUCAUACUCACAAAUUCCCAAUGUCCACCAACCGAUUUCAAUUCAUCACCAUGGAAUGAUGCUAUUUUGGUCACCCCUCAUCAUGCUGUUCAUCACCAAUGGAAUUCUAAAGUCACCAAAAACUACUGCCAACAAAGUCACAACCAGUUAUUCAUUUGUUGGGCAUUGGACAUGACACAAGGACAGAGACUAACAUUGGAGGAAAGUUUCACUGUUGCUAUGAAGCCCAAGGGAUUUCAGGCUACUGGUAAUGAUCAUGCAUUGCUGUCAAACAUGAUAGAGAUUGCAGUUGGUAUGAAGGUUAUGGUAACUUUCAACAUCAAAACAGACCUGGACAUUGCAAACAGAGCAAGAGGAGAAUUAGUGGAAAUUGUCUCGGACAAACAGGAGUCAAGUUUUUCACCUACAAAGGCUGUCGUGGAGUUAGAGUAUCCUCCAGCAUACUUUCUGAUCAAAUUGGACUGCACAAAGGCC